GCAACUGGUGCGAGUUUAAUGGACAAGGAAGAGAUAUUUGUUUAGGUUGAACGUUAGUCUACAGACCACACUUAUUUUUCUUUCGUCAAAUAGUGUGACUCUUUUAAAAUCUUUAGCAUGCCUUUGUUUGCCCAAAAUCCAUUUGACCAAGAUGUUGAGAAGGCAACCAGUGAAAACAACACAACAGAUGACUGGGGCCUCAUUAUGGACAUCUGUGAUAAGAUUGGAACGACAUCCAAUGGACCAAAGGACAGCGUGAGAUCCAUUAUGAAGAGAGUCAACCACAAAGUGCCUCAUGUUGCCAUGCAGGCCCUGAAUUUGCUUGGGGCUUGUGUGUCAAACUGUGGCAAAAUAUUCCACUUGGAAAUCUGUUCAAGGGAGUUUGCCAGUGAAGUACGGAGUGUGCUGAGCAGGGCCCACCCUAAGGUGUGUGAAAAGCUAAAAGCUCUGAUGGUGGAGUGGGCAGAAGACUUCCAGAAGGAUCCGCAACUCAGCCUAAUUGGCGCCACCAUCAAGUCUCUGAAAGAGGAGGGCAUCAGUUUCCCCUCCGCAUCCUCACAGGGGUCUACCACAAAGGUCAGCACACCUGCUGCAAGCAAAGCAUUGGAUGAUGACGACCUGGCCAAAGCCAUCGAGCUGUCCUUGCAGGAGCAGAAGCAGCAGGCAGAGACACGGCCCCCGACCGUGACCUCCGACCCCGCAAACUACACCAAUGGUGGAGGGGGGCAGGAGGUCCGGAAGGUGCGUGCGCUGUAUGACUUCGAAGCGGCUGAAGAUAAUGAGUUGACCUUCAAAGCUGGAGAACUUAUUCUGGUUUUGGAUGACAGUGAUCCAAACUGGUGGAAAGGAGAGAACCACAGAGGGGUGGGUCUUUUCCCCUCCAACUUUGUCACAACCAAUCUGAACGCUGAACCAGAGACAGUGGUUCAUGUGGAAAAGUCAGCCAGUCCUGAAGAGACGAGCCUGGAAACCAAAGUUGAGCCUGAGCCCGUCUUCAUAGAUGAGGGGAAGAUGGACAGAACGCUGGCACUGCUGCAGAACGCAGAUCCUGCAGAUCCAGCUCCUGACUCCCCAGAGCUGAUCCAGCUGGAGGGUGCAUGUGAACAGAUGAAUCCCAUGAUUGAUGAGAAGCUGGAGGAGAUUGACAGGAAACACUCCGAGUUGUCAGAGUUAAAUGUGAAAGUUUUGGAGGCUCUGGAGCUUUACAACAAGCUCAUGAACGAGGCUCCGUUCUACUCGUCCUACUCCAAGAUGCAGCCGCAGUAUGCACCAUCUGGCUCAGCUGUGGCCAUGCAGGGCUACCUUGGACCAGCCGGUGCUCCCUACCUGAGUUCGGCGAUGCCCCAGGUUCCUGCUGCACAUCCUUACAGUCUGCCCAGCGACCAGCCGGGACCACUUCAUUCACUGCCCCCCAAUGUCUCAGCCAACAGCCAAGCUGCCCAGCCUCCUUACAUGAGCAGUGGUAUGAACACUCAGUACAUGAACCAGGCUGCCGGAGCUUCUUACCCAGCCCAGGCGGGCGUGGCCAUGGACAUAUCGACCUAUCACAACUCUAGCAUGCCUCCCGUGUCCUAUCCUGUGGCUGCUCCCCCUCACCAGGCUCCGCAGCUGCAGCACCAGCACCAGCAGCAGCAGCAGCAGCAGCAGGCAGCGUAUUAUCAACAGCCUCUGCUGUGAAACUCCAACUGACAGCAGACCUGAGAUGAACACAUACUUCAGAUAUUUCAUUUGCUAGCUGUGUGUUCAUUUAGCUUACCUUGUGCGUGCGUGUGUG